CCCAUCUCCCUGCUCCCGUUUACCUCGAAACGCCUAGAACGCUUAGUCUACAAUCGCCUGAGCUCCUCCCUCACUGACAACAACCUUCUUAGCCCUUUACAGUCUGGCUUUUACUCUCUACACUCCACUGACACUGCCCUACUAAACCUCACUAAUGAUCUACUAACCGCUAAAACCAAUGGCCACUACUCCGUACUCCUCCCAACCAAUGGCCACUACUCCGUACUCCUCCCAACCAAUGGCCACUACUCCGUACUCCUCCCAACCAAUGGUCACUACUCCGUACUCCUCCCAACCGGUGGCCGCUACUCCGUACUCAUCCCAACCAAUGCCCUCUACUCCGUACUCUUCCCAACCAAUGGCCACUACUCCGUACUCGUCCCAACCAAUGGCCACUACUCCGUACUCAUCCCAACCAAUGCCCGCUACUCCGUACUCGUCCCAACCAAUGCCCGCUACUCCGUACUCGUCCCAACCAAUGCCCGCUACUCCGUACUCGUCCCAACCAAUGCCCGCUACUCCGUACUCGUCCCAACCGAAUGCCCUCUACUCCGUACUCGUCCCAACCAAUGCCCUCUACUCCGUACUCGUCCCAACCAAUGCCCUCUACUCCGUACUCGUCCCAACCAAUGCCCUCUACUCCGUACUCGUCCCAACCAAUGCCCUCUACUCCGUACUCGUCCCAACCAAUGGUCGCUACUCGUCCCAGCCGGAGGGCCUCUACUCUGU